AGGCCCUUCGCUUCCCGGCCCACGGCGCCCGUGAAUCACUCGUAGACUCGCUCUCUCUCAUUGGGCGGAGGUCCAAUUGUUACACCCACCACGUUCGGGCUGCGGGGAAUUGUCAGCGUUUGGAGGAAUCGGCGCUCCAGUUCUUGUUAUUGUCCUUGUGUUUGAGUCGGAGUUGGUUUGUAUUCCGAUGGAUAAUCCGACGAUAUUUAACCCGGUUAUGCCGUUCUUAGGAGCAAUUUUUGGUGGAUUGUGUCGUGGGCAGAUGAUAGCAAUACAAGGAAUAUUGCCCAAAGAGAGUGAAAGAUUCCAGGUGGAUUUUCAGCUGGGGUGUAGCACGCAACCUCGUGCAGACGUUGCCUUCCAUUUCAACCCACGUUUUCGGAGAUCUGAAUGUGUGAUUUGUAACACACUCGAGAAGGGGAAGUGGGGAAAUGAAUUAAAAGUAUACGAGAUGCCAUUCAAGAAAGGAGAACCAUUUGAAAUAAUCUUCUUCGUGAUGGUGGACAAGUUCAAGGUUGCGGUUAAUGGAAAACAUUUCCUGGAAUAUCAGCACAGGUUGAGCCCGGAUAGAGUUGAUACACUUGGAAUUAGUGGUGUCGUUCAAAUUCAAACCAUUGGCUUCUUGGGCAACUCUGAGCUGGAUAAUCCAUAUUCUGACCUUCCGAUGAAGAAGACCAAUUCAAAUGGGAUUCAUUCAAAACCACUCAACGCUCUGUUGGCUGUUCCUUAUACGAGUAAAAUUAAGGAUGGAUUGAGCCCAGGUCGGGUAAUCACUGUUCAAGGCAAAAUCAAAAAGUAUCCAGACAGAUUUACCAUAAAUCUUCAAGUGAGUGACUCCAAUGAUAUACCACUGCAUCUGAAUCCACGUUUCAAGGAGAGAAUUUUUAUUCGAAAUUCUUGCCUCCAUCAAAGCUGGGGAGAAGAGGAGCGGAAAAUAGAUGAUUUUCCAUUUAAUCCAGAGGCAUACUUCGAGGUUAUUAUUUAUUGUAGUCCUGACUGCUUCAAGAUAGCUGCAAAUGGGAAGCACGUAGUGGAGUACAAACACCGAUUUACCGACUUGAAUAAAAUUGACGUGUUGCAGGUCGAAGGAGAUGUCCAGUUGAUAGAUGUACAGACUUGAAAGAGUGCGUGAUCAAAUUGAGAAGAACAUUUUCUUAUCUGGGAUGGUCGUACGAUAUUUGAAGAUCUAUUUGCUCUUGAACUAUGCAACUGAGUCUACUUGAAACCAUGUAUGAAGAUCAUAUUUCCACAGAAGCUCAACCCUUAAAUAUUUCCCAGAAAUACGACAUGAAUGGAUUUUAGUUGAGCAUUUAUGAUACUUAGCCUCGGAAUACAAAACUCCAAACUUGUCCAAAAGUCUUAACCUACUUCAACCAUUGUCAAUAUUUCCUAAAUACCUAUAUUGUAAGUUAAACUUGGAAAAAAAACACAUACAUUUAAUUAUUUAAUUUUUGUAGCAUUUAUUCACUGGACAUAGCUUUUUUUUAAAAUAAACAUUGGUAAAUUCUUUGUAGCAUCUCUAAGGCUUAUUGAAAACAUUCUGUAGUACUGAACUUGUGCUGAAGUGCCCACAAGUGGAGAAAUUGUUUUGAGUCUUAUGCACGGUUUUUGCAUGGAUGUAUGUUUCUUAAAUUGUGCCCAGAAAAGUUUAUAAUUUCUAUAGAAUAGUUGAUUCAAGUUAAUAACUUUCAUCGUCCAAUAUCUUUGAAAGGCCAAGGAAACAUAAUUUCAAUUUAAUUGCAUCUCUUUGAUUGUAUUAGGAUCUUUGGGUCUAUUUCUCUUUUGUAAAUCUUAUCACUGUAACUGAAAACUACUUUAAUAAUUUUUUUUUGUGUAUGUGCUCGGAUUUCCAGCUGCAUGCACUCGGUUUAAGCCACAAUUUUCACUUACAAGUAGCACCUUUAACACUCGAGUAUCAAGCCUAAUCUUGACUGCUUGCAACACUGAUUUCCCUUGUACGUUGUGCGUCUAAGACAAGACUUAAUAUUCAAUACAGCUUCAAAUGCUAUGCAGAUGUGUAAUGUAUAUCUCUGCCUACAAACUGCCAUAGCAUAAUGGAACUUUAAAAAACAUAUUGACUAUUUAUUUCCAUCGUAUUCAACUACAAACUUAGACCUGUAUAAACAUACAGCUGAAAUAUCUAUAUAGCUCUAGACUAAAUGGGACCCAUGUUCACACUGGAGGGCUGGUCCUCCAAUGCAAUAUUCCAUCUCUCCACCAAUUCCAAUAUUGGUGGCUGGGGGGCUUUCUGAAGCGCUAGUAUGGGUGUUGUGGGCUGAAGGGACUGGUUUCCAGAGGGCUAGUAUGGACAUU